AUGAGUGCCGAGUUCGAUAUCCCCAAGGUGUGCAAGGCAGGGGUAGUCGUCAACGAAGGUCCAGAUUUCCAGAUCAAAGUAGAACUGGUCCCUGUACCUGAACCAGGUCCUGACGAGCUCCUCUUGAGGCUAAAUGUUACGGGGCUAUGCUUCACUGACCUGCACUAUGCUAUGCAUGACUGGUCUAUGCCUAAAAUGUCCGAGUUUGGGGUGCGUUCUCCAGGACACGAAGGUGCAGGAGUAGUUGUCAAACUCGGAGAAAACGUCAAAGGGUGGAAGGUCGGUGAUCGUGGUGGUGUGAAGCCGCUUUGGGAUGUCUGUGGCAACUGUGAUCUUUGCUAUUCUGGAAAGGAAAACUAUUGCGCCAAAGCAAUCUAUACCGGCCUUGCCAAGACUGGUACCUACCAACAUUACAUUGUCUCUCCAGCUAAAUACACAACCCGCAUCCCGGAUGGUGUUGAUGACUACAUCGCAGGACCAGUCAUGUGCUCGGCCUCCACCGUCUAUCGAUCUCUAGUCGAAGCUGAGCUGAAGGCGGGAAAUUGGGCAUGCUUCCCUGGAGGUGGAGGAGGAGUUGGUAUCCAAGGGGUACAACUUGCUAAAGCCAUGGGUCUUCGACCAAUUGUGAUCGACUCCGGAGCUGAGAAACGAGCCUUGAGCUUGGAAAUGGGGGCUGAAGCAUUCAUUGACUUUCGAACCUCAACCGACAUUGUCGCAGACGUUGUCCGCAUUGCUGAUGGUAUCGGUCCACAUGCAGUAUUUGUCACUGCGCCUCAAGCAUAUCCAACUUCGAUCAGUCUGGUCGGCAAACGCGUCGGUGCCAAAGUAAUGUGCAUUGGGCUACCACCAGCGAAUACAGUCACACUAGGCGCGGACCCUUUUUUCUUCGCAGCUAGGAACUUCGAGAUCAAGGGGACAAUGGUGGGAUCUAUGAACGAUACCAAUUGCGCUCUGGACUUCGCCAAACGGGGGCUCCUCAAACCAAUCUAUGAAAGAUUCUCUAUUGACAGACUUCCGGAAGCGGUCGAGAAAUUGAAGAGUGGGAAGGUUGCAGGACGCUGUGUCGUUGAUUUCAACUACUAA